GAGGAAGGAGCAGCAGUCUUCAAAGGCUCCGCUGAGCCUUGAUCGCUGGGACCGGACCAGCCGGUCAAGCCGGCCCAAAAAUGGUCCCCCCACCGACGCAGUCGCCUCUCGAGUCGCCCCUCGACCUCUUGCUCCAUACCUCAGCCUCCACCGGCUCCAGCCCUAGCCCAGGCACCAGUCCCAGCACCGCCACGGAUGCCUCACCUCCCCCACCGCCAGAUGGCAGUCCCUGGCCCCCCAACGGCUCCUGGCCGAUGGGCCGUGGCAGGGGUCUGGGAGGUGGCGAGGGGGUGAGCCCGUGGGACAUCGCACUGUGCGCAGCAGGCACAGUCAUGGCCUGCGAGAACGCCCUGGUGCUGGCCGUGCUCUGUUGCACUCCCAGCCUUCGGGCUCCCACUUUUAUGCUUAUAGGUAGCCUCGCCCUGGCCGACCUGCUCGCUGGCGUGGGCCUGGUGGCCAACUUCGUUGUCAGAUGCGUGAUGGAUCCGGUGAGCGACGCUGUAGCCCUGUGUUUGGCCGGCUUGCUGCUGUCCGCCUUUUCGGCCUCUGCUUGUAGUCUGCUGGCCAUCACGGUGGAUCGAUACCUGUCCCUGUACAACGCUCUCACCUACCAGGCCGAACGCACUCUGCCCUUCACCUGUGGUCUCCUGGCGGCUCUCUGGCUCACCUGUCUCGGCAUUGGUGCUCUUCCCGCUAUGGGUUGGCAUUGCCUGGACACCCCUGACAACUGCAGCGUUCUGAGCCCCCUGACCAAGGAUCAGGCGGCCGGGCUGUCUGUCUCCUAUCUGUUCCUCUUUUCCUUUAUCCUGCAUCUCUACCUGCAGAUCUGCCGGGUCGCCUUCCGCCACGCGCAGCAGAUCGCUGUCCAGCGCCACAUUGUCAACAAUGCUGGCUCUCCCAUGCCGUCCGCCUUCUGCCUGAUGUCCAGCACUCGCAAGGGCGUGUCCACUCUCUCGCUGAUCCUGGCCACCUUCGCCUUCUGCUGGGUGCCCUUGGCCGUCUACGCGAUGGUGGCUGACCCUACCUAUCCGCAGGUCUACACCUACUACCUGGCGCUGCCAGCCGCCUGCCACUCGGCCAUUAACCCGGUGGUCUACGGCUUUCGCAACCCUGAGAUUCAGAGGUCUCUGUCGGUUGCCUACACCACCUAUUUGCGCUCCCUCUUCUCCCGACCUCGCGCUGCCUCCAGCAACGUCUGAGGCUCUGGGCGAGGGAGUGGGGCGAGGGUCCGGGAGGAGAGGUUGAGGAGUGUCGAGGUGGGGGCUGAGGAAUGAGUGGAGUGGACGAGCCCAGGGCUUCUCGGCUGAGAGGUCCUGGGCCAGAGGAGGGGCAGGGAACACCGAAGGGGAAGGGUCCGUGUGAGGACAGAGCAAAAUGGGGAAAGUUGGAGUGGGAGGCCCCUUCCGGGGUAGAAUUGCCCCCUCGUGAUGGAAUCAGCCUCUGGCCUUUCGCCCCCUGACCUUGCUGCCUCCCUCCCGGGGUGCAAGGCUUCCCCCCCAAUUCAGCUCCAUGCUUAUCCGCUCCAACUCGGAAGCGGUUUCACGCUGGCUGCUCUGUGCGCAUUUGUGCGUGUUUGUACGUGUUUGUGCCUAUGUGCUGGUGGAAGCAGAAGCACUAUCCCAAAAAUUCUUCAAUUCGAGGCGGGGGCUUGGGGAGAUGUCCCCUCAGCCUUCCAAGGAACCCUAGGCUUGGAAGAGGGAAAGAACAGGAUCUCCUGGGGGAAGGUGAGGGUUGGGUUCCUCAACUGGAAAUGAGGGAGGCUUCUCCCUUGACGUGCCCCGCUCUCUCCCUCCCCCCCCAGACCCUAUUGCCUACUUCCCUUCCCCAAUCCAAGAUGGGCAUUCUGCCCCCAAGCACCUCUGGAGCGCUGUGUUUCAGCACCAGCAAGCAUGGAGAGCUCCCGGCUGGGAGAAGUCUUGAGUUCUACAAAGCAAGUCACCUGGGGAGGCUGCAGGCUUGCUUCCUCCCUCUCAGGAAGAGUGUGGAGUCUCUGGAGGACUCGAAAUGGGAGGAAAAAAAAAAAGACCUUUGCGUCGUUGUCACUUUGGCUUUAAAUUGUCAUUCCAGAGGUGGCUGACUCCCCUACUCCCAAUCUUUGUAGAGUUUGCAAUGCACUUUGGAAGACCCUCUCCUUCCUGGCAAAGGGAAUCGAGUGACCAUUAGAGAAGCACAAGUCUUGUCCCACCUCCCAGGUUCAGAGGGAGCUACCUCCCCACUGUCCCUGCCCAUGAAAGUAUCAGACUCUCGUUGGGGGGGUGGGAAUUUAAGUGUCUACAGACAGUAGAUGUGGGAGCCAGGAAGGGACAGAGGAGGGUUCAAGAAUGGAUGUUCAGAACUCAGUCGGCCCUUCCCCUGCUAUUUCCACCUGUGUAUCUCGCAAUGUGUCUAUAGUAAAUUCUUAAGGGGACUGGGGUUGCU